ACCGCGCUCCGACCCGCUGAGGCCCAGGGGCUCCCCCGCCAUGGCCGCCGCCUUCGCCCUGCGCCGCCUGUGCGGGGCGCGCCCAGCGCCGUGCCGCCCGCGCGUGGAGCUGCCAUGGGCCCCGCGGCGCGGACACCGGCUCUCACCCGCGGACGACGAGCUGUACCAGCGGACGCGCAUCACCCUGCUGCAGCACGACGCCGCGCCGGCCACGUACAUCGACAGCUACAGCAGCCGCGGCUUCGUCCUCAACGGGAACCGCGUGCUGGGGCCUUGCGCGCUGCUCCCCAACUCGGUGGUGCAGUGGAAGGUGGGAUCUCACCACGACAUCACGGAGGACAGCUUCUCCCUCUUCUGGAUGCUGGAGCCCAGGAUAGAGAUUGUGGUGGUGGGCACUGGAAACAAGAUUGAGCGCCUGCGCCCCGAGGUGCUGCGCGCGAUGAGGAAACGGGGCAUCGCGGUGGAAGUGCAGGACACGCCCAAUGCCUGCGCCACCUUUAACUUCCUGUGUCACGAAGGCCGAGUGACGGGAGCUGCUCUCAUCCCCCCACCCGGACAGACUUCACUUACACAUCUGGGUCCAGAUGCCGCGUGAUUCACACGAGCCAGCAGUCUGGGAGGGCCCAGAGCACACACAGGCCUUCUCCCUCCAUGACCCUUUCCUUCUUGGCACUUUAAUAACACCUGUUUAUGCUUACUGAGACUGU